AUGAGGUGAAGAAUGGAAGACCAAAGGAAAAGCAAAACUCAACUCCAACAGUAACGAAACUGGCGUGGGCUGGAGCUAGCUAGAACGAAGGAUGGUGACUCGUCUGCCAGAAAAUACCAUGAUGGAAGACCAAAUGUACAAGCAAAUUGAGACAGUUAGUGGUCACCAAACAAACGGGAUGAGGAAGAGAUUGCUAUCUAACGAUAUCUCUCUGCGCAUUGAAGUCGGAUCUGUAGCUGCGCCCAAGGAUGUCCCAAGGCCUACCAAGAAUAGGAAUAACACAACAAGGAAUAUCUCCAAACGAGAUGCAACAUCUAGCUACCUCUGUCUAAGAGAAUCAAAGGAUAGUAAGAAAGUAUGUCAACUAGAAGAUGGAAAAGAUAAGAUGAAAAUGCCAAAGUAGGCACGAAAUAAAAGAGAGAUGAAAAACACGGAUUCUACAUCUCAAGUACCAGUAGAGAUUGAAUAAUUUUGGCAAUUUGGGACCUC